AUGCCUCGCUUCUUCCUCCGAGACCUCUUCCCCAUCUACUUCACCUCCAGUGACCAAGUAAGAGCCUCUACUGCAGCCCUGAUUGACUGCAGCCCUGCCCAUGUCCAAGCAAAGUGCCACAAAGCUACUGUUGUUGUAGUGAUGUCAUAGUUUGGCGUGGCCCGCAGUGCUACUUUAGGGUCAUGUAUGUCCAGUCACAGCCCAGUUCACAGAGGCUAGGGAGGGAGCGGGGUGGGAGGGGGAGAGAGAGAGAUAGGGAGAGAGAGGAAGGGCAGGGAUAAACGCUCACACAGGCCCAGCCGCUAAUGUUACUUUUACAACACAGGAGACAGUAAUUAAGCUUUAACAAGGGAAUCCUGCAUUUAUGGUUCCCAUUUCUAUUAGACGUGCCUCAGGGAGAACCUGGAAGGGAAAUGUUUUGUUUUUAAAUUUGUCAUUGACAGGUAGUGUAAUCGAGCUUUACCCAGGCAGACUCUCUAGAGUAAUCUCUAGACGCUGGAAAGUGCUAAGUUUGAGUUCUAUUUAAACUCUAAUAUCUUACUCACUGGUGUUUCAGUGAACUGUGUCCUCUGGCCCAGUGGAGUUACAGUGAAAUGUUUCCCUCUGGCCCAGUGGAGUUACAGUGAAUUGUUUCCCUCUGGCCCAGUGGAGUCACAGUGAAUGUUUCCCUCUGGCCUAGUGGUGUCACAGUGAAAUGUAUCCCUCUGGCCUAGUGGUGUUAGAGCAAACUCUUUCCCCCUCUCCAAGGGUUCAAGAGACGACCUGAGUGUGGGAGGGGGCGUGGCAGGUCAGGUGGCUCACGUCAUUCGCCAUGGUAACUCGGUGGAUGCCUCCUUCUCCAAAGAAGUGCUCAACUCCAUCACAGGUAGAUUGUGUGUGUGCGUGCAUACUUUUUCAUGUGUGUAUGCGUGUUUGCAACUGUGUGUGCACCUCUCUGCACAUAAACGUCCAUAACCUCUAACCCUCCUCCCACUCCCCCUAGCCUUCUCCUCCCUGGCUGUUUUUCCACGGGUAACCAUGCCGACUCGCGGGGUUCUUGUAGCAUAGGCCCCAACCCCACCCCAGCGCCCAGGAACAGGGGGAAGAUAGACGGAGGGAAAAAAGGGAGAAAGAAAAAAACCCCCAGCACCGGGCCAAAACCAGGGGGCGGGGAAAAGAAGAACAAAAAGAAAAACAGGGCAAAAGAAGAAGGUGGGGCCCCCCCCCCCCCUUUUCCCCCCCCACCCCCCUUUUGGGGGCCCCCAGGGGCCCAAAACCUCCUCCCCUUUCUCCUCUCCCUCCACUCCCCUCCCCCUCCCCUUUUCCCCUUUUCCCCCAGUUUCUCCCCCCUCCCCCCUCUCCCCAUCUCAGGGUAUCACGGGAUCCCCCCCAUCCGCACGGAAUGUCUUUUCAGAGCAACCACGCGGACCGGGGAAAAGAAAAAAAGGGGGGGGAAAGGGAUUUAACCCCCCCAAAAAAAACCCCGGCCCAAAAACCCCGGAAAAAAAGCCCGAAAAGGGGGCCCCGGGAAAAAAAAAAGGGGGUUUCCGUUUGGCAGAAAACAGGAGUAGAGGAGAAAAGAAGAACAAGAGCGCGUAAGAAGGGGCGGGAGGAUAAAGGAGAAGACAGAAUAGAGAGCGAGAGAGAAUAAUAACCACUCAUUCUAUCUCUCUCUCUACCUCCCACCUACUAUCCUUCUCUCUCUCUAUCCUCAACUCCCACUCUCUCUCUCUCUCUCUCUCUCCCUCCCACCUCUCUCUCUCUUCUCUACCUCCAGCCUCUCUAGACUCUCUCUACCUCCACUCUCUCCUCCCUCUCUUCCCCCUUUCCCCCCCUUUUCUCUUCCUUCCUUCCCUCUCUCUCUCUGUCAUCAGUUUGCCCGUCCUCAGUCUCUGAUAGGCUUUGGAUCUCGCUUUGACAAGCUGGACCAGGCCGAGACUCGCAGUCUGCUCAUGUGUUUCCUCCACAUUAUGAAGACCAUAUCGGAGGGUGAGACACAUAGGGUUACCUCCAUGCAGGUCCUAUAAUUCACUACAGUAUGCGCCAAAUGUAUUGAGACAGUGACACUAUUUAUUUUUUAUUAAAUUUUUUGGCUCUGUACUCCAGCACUUUGGAUUUGAAAUUAUACAAUGACUAUGAGGUGAAAGUGCAGAUUGUCAGCUUUAAUUAAUUUGAGGGUAUUGUCAUCCACAUCGGAUGAACCGUUUAGAAAUUACAGCACUUUUUGUACAUAGUCCCCCCAUUUUAGGGGACCAAAAGUAUUGGGACAAAUUCACUAAUAUGUGUAUUAAAGUAGUAAAACGUUACGUAGUAUGUGGACACCACUUCAAAUUAGUGGAUUCAGCUAUUUCAACCACACCCAUUGCUGACAGGUGUAUAAAAUCGAGCACAUAGCCAUGCAAUCUCCAUAGACAAAUAUUGGCAGUAGAAUGGCCUGUACUGAAUAGCUCAGUGACUUUCAACGUGGCACCGUCAUAGGAUGCCACCUUUCCAACAAGUCAGUUCAUCAAAUGUAUGCCCUGCUAGAGCUGCCCCGGUCAACUGUAAGUGCUGUUAUUGUGAAGUGGAAACGUCUAGGAGCAUCAACGCCUCAGCUGCGAAGUGGUAGGCCACACAAGCUCACAGAACGGGACCGCCGAGUGCUGAAAAAGAACUGUUAGUCGGGAGCUUCAUGAAAUGGGUUUCCAUGGCCGAGCAGCCACACAAGCCUAAGAUCAUCAUGUGCAAUGCUGGAGUUGUGUAAAGCUCGCCGCCAUUGGACUCUGGAGUGAUGAAUCACGCUUCACCAUCUGGCAGUCCGACGGACGAAUCUGGGUUUGGCGGAUGCCAGGAGAAUACCACCUGCCCCAAUGCAUAGUGCCAACUGUAAUGUUUGGUGGAGGAGGAAUAAUGGUCUGGGGAUGUUUUUCAUGGUUCGGGCUAGGCCCCUUAGUUCCAGUGAAGGGAAAUCUUAACGCUACAGGAUACAAUGACAUUCUAGACGAUUCUGUGCUUCCAACUUUGUGGCACAGUUUGGGGAAGGCCCUUUCCUGUUUCAGCAUGACAAUGCCCCCGUGCACAAAGCCAGGUACAUACAGAAAUGGCUUGUCGAGAUCGGUGUGGAAGAACCUGUCUGGCCUGCAUAGAGCCCUGACCUCAACCCCAUCAAACACCUUUGGGAUGAAUUGGAACGCCGACUGCGAGCCAGGCCUAAUCGCCCAGCAUCAGUUCCCGACCUCACUAAUACUCUUGUGACUGAAUGGAAGCUAGUCCCCGCAGCAAUGUUCCAACAUCUAGUGGAAAGCCUUCCCAGAAGAGUUGAGGCUGUUAUAGCGGCAAAGGGGGGACCAACUCCAUAUUAAUGCCCAUGAUUUUGGAAUGAGAUGUUUGACGAGCAGGUGUCCACAUACCUUUGGCCAGUUAGUGUAUUUGGGCCCAUAUUCAUAGCACGCAAUGUCUACAUCAAGCUUGUGACUCUACAUAUUUGUUGGAUGUAUUUGCUGUUUGUUUUGGUUGUGUUUCAGAUUAUUUUGUGGACAAUAGAAAUGAAUGGUAAAUAAUGUAUUGUGUCAUUUUGGGAUCACUUUUAUUGUAAAUAAGAAUAGAAUAUGUUUCUAAACACUUCUACAGUAAUGUGGAUGCUACCAUGGUUACGGAUAAUCCUGAAUGAAUCAUGAAUAAUGAUGAGUGAGAAAGUUACAGAAGCACAAAUAUCAUCUGCACUUUAACCUCAUAGUCAUUGCAUCAUUUCAAAUCCAAAGUGCUGGAGUACAGAACCAAAACAACAACAAAUGUGUCACUGUCCCAAUACUUUUGGAGUGCACUGUAUAUGUAUUCUUUGUGUAAUUCUGUGGUUAACCCCUUCACUACCGGACCAUAGCCAAUAGUACAGUGGCCUGGAGGCAAUCGGACCAUAUAUGAGGCCUACACGGUAGCCAGGUAGCUAGUACCAAUUCCUUAGUGUUAACCUCUUCCAUACCGGACCGUAGCCUACAGUAGGGUUGUUACGAUACCAGUAUACUCAAUUUUCCAUGGCAAAAAGGAAAACAUGAAGAAGUCUAAACUAUGCUUUAUGUGAAAUAUUUGGUGCUAGGCUGUUUGUUUCCAACAUUAGGACUGUUUUCCUCAAAGUAAUUUUGCUUCAGGUUUUGUUUGCUUACCAUGAUACUUAAGAAUAUUGCGAUACUGGUAUGCACUGUUAGUCAAUAUAUUGCUUUUGCACAGUGAAGUAGUACAAGUACAGGUGCAUGUGAUUUUUUUCUGUUUGCAGAGGUGAUGGUUUCCUAUUGGCACCGAGCCAUACACCAGGAGAUCUCCGACUUCUUCAACAUCCUGGAGUAAGUAUACUCAGUGUUAACACUUCCUCUGUCCCUGUGUAGAUGGACAGAUACGAUAGGUGGAUGGAUGCAUGACAAUUAUUUUCAAAGACACAACUACCCAUAUCAGACUUCAAAUAAGUAGUUGCAAACGCAAAACUUGGAAGAAGUUGAAUAGUAGAAGAAUAUGGAGAAUAAUACGAGUGUUCUUGCUGACUCAAGCACACUAAUUCCCCUAUAUUUUAGCCCAUUGUAAGGAAUGAGAAUUGUUCCACCGACUUACACUUUACCCCAAAAAAGAGAAAGGGGCCUUUAAGGGGGUUGGGUAUUGGUGCUGGUGUCUCCAAUAGUAUUGCUUGAUGACCAGCAGAAACCUACUAAAGGAUCCCCCCCUUGGUGAAAUAGAAAAGCUUACAUUCUCUAAAGAUUAAGUGUGUGAUCGUAGUUUGAUUAUACAACACCACACCUGAUAAAAACACUGGCUUAACAAAAAGAAUCACAUUUGUCAUGUAUUUUUUGUUUUUGUUUCACUUCUAUACAGUUGUGAUGUAUUCAUUUUCAAAAUUGUUCUGUAUGGCCAAAUGAACGGACUUGUCAAUCAAUUCAAAUGUAUCGCACUGUAUACUUGUACUGUAGGCCAAUCACAUGCUGAAGAACAGGAACCUGCUGACGGUGUUGUAGUGAUUUAAGUUGUUUUUGAAGACCACCCUGCCACUGAGCUGGACAUAAGCAAUUUCUCCCACCUCCAGUGGAACUAUGGCUGCGUUUCUGACACUGUUCCCCCGUUUCCCCCACACAUUAUUCAGAAAUUCACCAUUCCUCACUAAAACAACAGAGCUCUCCUUGACACCGUUGUCGUUGUUGUACAUUGUGUAACAUUCCUUUGACCUUGGUUGUGAAGAAGCCUUGACCAUACCGCACAAACACACAGAUGUAUACUGAACAAAAAUAUAAACGCAACAUGCAACAAUUUCAAAUAUUUUACUGAGUUACAGGUCAUAUAAAAAAAUCAGUCAGUUGAAAUAAAUUCAUUAGGCCCUAAUCUUUGGAUUUCACAUGACUGGGCAGGAGUGCAGCCAUGGGUGGUCCUUGGAGGGCAUAGGCCCACCCACUUGGCAGCCAGGCCCACCCAUUGGGGAGCCAGGCCCAGCCAAUCAGAAUGAGUUUUUCCCCACAAAAGGGCUUUAUUACAGACAUAAAUACUCCUCAGCAUCCCCCCACUCCCCCUCAGACGAUCCUGCAGGUGAAUCAGCCGGAUGUGGAGGUCCUGGGCUGGUUUGGUUACACGUGGUCUGCGGUUGUGAGGCCGGUUGGACGUACUGUCAAAUUCUCUAAAAUGACGUUGGAGGCAGCUUAUGGUAGAGAAAUUAACAUUCAAUUCUCUGGUAACAGCUCUGGUGGACAUUCCUGUAGUCAGCAUGCCAAUUGCACACUCCCUCAAAACUUGAGACAUCUGUGGCAUUGUGUUGUGUGACAAAACUGCACAUUUUAAAGUGGCCUUUUAUUGUCCCCAGCACAAGGUGCACCUCUGUAAUGGUCAUGCUGUUUAAUCAUCUUCUUAAUAUGCCACACCUGUCAGGUGGAUGGAUUAUCUUGGCAAAGGAGAAAUGCUCACUAACAGGGAUGUAAACAAAUUUGUGCACAAAAUCAGAGAGAAAUAAGCUUUUUGUGUUCAUGGACAAUUUCAGGGAUUUUAUUUUUUCAGCUCAUGAAACGUGGGACCAACAAUUUACAUGUUGCGUUUAUAUUUUUGUUUAGUGUAUUGUAGGGUUGUAGCCAUUGCCAGUGUUAGCGUAGAUCUUAGUGUACUUUAUUGGUGUAGCAAUGUUGUUUGGCUCAUAGGUACCUUGCUGUUCCGUAGCAACAGAAAAGGCCACACUCAUGACUAGGGAAAGGAUGGGGAAAUGAUGGUCAGUUCAGUUUUUCAUGAGAGUAAGAUUAAUUGAUUGAUUUAAAUAGAACAUUGCAAAGCCAAAUAAUAAAUAAAGCAAUAAUCUCACUACUGACAGGAUGAGCAAAUUACUGUCAGCUUCUUGUUUAGUGCAAGAGUAAGAAAUCAGUGAGAAACAUCAGUGAAUAGUAAAAAUAUUCCUUGAUAACAUUGUGCAUCUUGAUAACAUCUUGAUAACUCUCUUGAUAACAUUGUAUGUGUGGGUGCAAGGUUGUGAAACUCUUGUCUACUUUACUAUAAUCGAGUGUAUUUCCCUCACAUAAAGUUGGUUCCUGUUUCAUUCACGUUUACGUGGCUCAAGCAAAAACACCUUAGUGGUUGGUUGGGAAUGGUGCCUCCCACAAUUUAGGCAAUGGGUGCAGUUGGUGGCUCCACGUGUGGUCUGGGGACGGCAGCGCUACCACUAGACCAGACUCCAGCAUUGCCAGAAUACCAUCUAAGAUCAUAGUUGGCAUCUGUUUCUUUAGAGCUCAAACACACCGUGAAGAAGAAUGGUUGCUGUCCUAUCGUCUCUGCUGUCCUGAACAGAAUAUCUGCCAACAUUUUUCUGUUAAUUUCCAGAAGGUUCUACAUGAUGAAGCGGUGUAAAAAGCAACUGUGGUUGACACCCAGCAGUUUAUUGCUAACACACCGCGGCCAUCCGCUGCUUUUAGGCCUUCGUCUUCGCAGUGACACAGGGACGAAAACCUGCAAAGUCAUAUUGAAAGAAGUCAAUCAUUGCACACCUGAAUGGAGUGGGAAGCGGUAGAUCAAACAGGUUCUAUCGUAUACUUGUAGGCCCAACGGGGAGGGGAGUAAAUUGGGACUGGCUGUUUUAGGGCAGCCUAGCGGUUAGAGCGUUGGGCCAGUAACCGAAAGCAAGGCACUUGACCCUAAUUUGCUUCAGGGGCGCCGUACUACUAUGGCUGACCCUGUAAAACAACACAUUUCACUACACCUAUCCAGUGUAUGUGACAGUAAAUUGAACUAGUAGUCUUAGAUUCAAUCCGGACCACGGAAGAUCUGCGUUAUAGUACGAUUGACAUUUUAAGGUAAUUUCCGAUUGAGCUGACCGUGAGUGUGGUCUCUGCGAAUGCUGAAACAUUGCCUUUAAAAGUAAACUGCGCUAUAAUGCGGAUCCUCCGUAGUCCGGAUUGAAUCUAACCCUGACUUACGUAAGUAGGCCUAGUUGAACUUUCCAGCGCUAAUGACUUUGUUCUCUCAUUACAUGGAGGGAGGGAGGAAGGUGUGCAUAGCGGAGAGAGACAGAGGAGGAAUGGAAUGGUGGGAGACUUGGCAGAGGGGAACGGAUGAGACCGAUAAAAGAGAGAGCGAGGGGCUGUGAAACUGAUGAGAGAGAGAGAGAUAGGCUCCAACUUUUCUCACCUAGCAUCCGCUCAGGUCUGCAGUAAAUUCACUGUUUCCUGUCUCUGCUGGAGCUUCUCUUAUUAUAACACACAGCUCCAAGACACAAAGUCUUGAAGGAGUUCCCACAUAUGCUGAGCUCUUGUUGGCUGCUUUUCCUUCAAUCUGCGGUCAUCUGAUGCAGCACUCCAUCACUCUCCUUCUUGGUAAAAUAGCCCUUACACAGCCUGGAGGUGUGUUGGGUCAUUGUCCUGUUGAAAAACAAAUGAUGAUAGUCCCACUAAGCCCAAACCAGAUGGGAUGGCGUAUCGCUGCAGAAUGCUGUGGUAGCCAUGCUGGUUAAGUGUGCCUUGAAUUCUAAAUACAUCACAGACAGUGUCACCAGCAAAGCACCCCCACACCAUAACACCUCCUCCAUGCUUUACGGUGAGAAAUACACAUGCAGAGAUCAUCCGUUCACCUACACCGCGUCUCACAAAGACACAGCGGUUGGAACCAAAAAUCUCAAAUUUGGACUCUGAACAGUUGAUGUUGAGAUGUGUCUGUUACUUGAACUCUGUGAAGCAUUUAUUUGGGCUGCAAUUUCUGAGGCUGGUAACUCUAAUGAACUUAUCCUCUGCAGCAGAGGUAACUCUGGGUCUUCCAUUCCUGUGGCGGUCCUCAUGAGAGCCAGUUUCAUCAUAGCGCUUGACGGUUUUUGCGACUGCACUUCUUGAAAUGUUCCGUAUUGACUUACCUUCAUGUCUUAAAGUAAAAAUGGACUGUCGUUUCUCUUUGCUUACUUGAGCUGUUCUUGCCAUAAUAUGGACUUGGUCUUUUACCAAAUAGGGCUAUCUUCUGUAUACCACCCCUACCUUGUCACAACACAACUGAUUGGCUCAAACGCAUUAAGAAGGAAAUAAAUUCCACAAAUUAACUUUUAACAAGGCACACUUGUUAAUUUAAAUGCAUUCCAGGUGACUACCUCAUGAAGCUGGUUGAGAGAAUGCCAAGAGUGUGCAAAGCUGUCAUCGAGGCUAAGUGUCUAUUUGAAGAAUCUCAAAUAUAAAAUAUAUUUUGAUUUGUUUAACACUUUUUUGGUUACUACAUGAUUCCAUAUGUGUUAUUUCAUCGUUUUGAUGUCUUCACUAUUACUCUACAAUGUAGAAAAUAGUACAAAUAAAGAAAAAUCCUUGAAUGAGUAGGUGUUCUAAAACUUUUGACCGGUAGUGUACACACACAUACACACACACACACACACACACACACAUACACACACAUACACAUACACACACAUACAUACACAGACACACACACACACUCAUCGUGACUGCACAAACACAGACAUGCAUCGUGACAGCACGCACAACACAUACCCACAUGCACACAAACACUUGCAAACUUAUACUCAACACACACACCCUGAUACACACUCUCUCUCCUCUUCCUCUAUGCAGGCUGUGUCUCCAGCACUUCAGAUUCCUGGGGAAGCGCCACAUAGCCAGGUAAGUGUCAGCCUUCCACAGGCUUUUAGCUGAUACUAUGUACCUGCUACUGUUCUUCUUCUCCCACUUAGAGGUUGUGUGUGUGUGUGUGCGUGCGUGCGCACGUAUGUGCGUGUGUGUAUGGGUGCGUGCGUGUGUGUGUUCAUUGGUUUUACCAAUGAAAGACAUGCAACAGAACCUUGUGUCAGAUUGUGUGAAAUGUAAUGUUUGCUCAACAGCCAGAUACACACACACACACACACACACACACACAAAUUCAACCACACACACAUUAAACUACCCUCCCCCGAAGUGACACAGUCACAUACACACUUAAUGUUCAUAAUGUAUGCGCACGCAACCGUCGGUCACUCACAAACUAACAAACGUAAUUUGUGUACUGUAUGCGUAUGCACACACUCAGGCUGCUCCCAGGGUCCAGGGUUGGGCCAACUGACUGUCUCCCCAGCCCCAGCUGCUGCUGCUGUGUGUGUGUGUGUGUGUGUGUGUGUGUGUGUGUGUGUGUGUGUUUGCUUGCCUGUGUCUGCGUCUCCUGCUGCUGGCUGCAGUCGAUAGAGGGAGAGAGAGAGAGGGCGGAGAGAAAGGGGGGAAUAUGAUUAAUGGCAGACACACAGAGAUGUUGACAACGAGGUGGGCGUACUGGGACGUUUCUUACUAUCGUGGUUGGCAAGAGCAUGGUAGUUGGGGGUGGGGGGGUUUAGGAAUGGUGUGUGUAUCUGUCUGUUUGGUCUGUCUGUUUGGUGUGUCUGUCUGUUUGUUGGUGUGUGUGGUGAAGAGCCUGAUCACCUGGAUAUACUCUAGUGAGCUCAAACCAGUGUGAUAUAGUUAUUGGUGUACACUUUGUGUGUUCGUGUGUGUCCGUGGAUCCUGGAGCAGAGCCAUAGGCUUUCCCAGCCAGACUUUUUCUCUUCGCCUGGAUUUUGAUUCCUCUCUGCUAAUUUAAUUAGUCCUUAUUUCCUCCUCAGUGUGAAGAAGAAGAUGUUUAUUUUUUCUUCUUGUUCUCUUUUUGUCAGAGCCAACAAAAGGCUGCUAAUGUGGUUUGUUUAACUAUGUCAGGCAUUAGUAGAAUAAAGACGAAGGGGCUGGGAGACUUGUGUGUGUCCCAAAUGGCACCCUAUUCCCUAUAUAGUGCACUACUUUUGACCAGAGUCCGUAAGUGCACUAUAAAGGGAACAGGGUGCCAUUUGGGUCACGGACAUUGUCUGGGGCUGAUAAGUAACAUGCAACCUUAAUCAGAGAGGCUGCUGGGGGAUUUGAAUAGGCUCUCUCUCUCUUUCUCUCUCUCUCUCCUUCUCUGAGGGGCCAAGCCUUUGAUGUCUGUCUGAACUCUUUUUUGAAGUAUGCCUCGUGCAUCCACAGCGCUGUUUGAAGGUUUCGCCGAGACAUUCCUAUAAUUUAUUCUGUUUCAAUUGCGCCUCAUUGGUUUUUAUUUCCCUCUUCUUACCUCAUCCAGCACAUCUCUCUGUUGAAUGGAUACAGCCUAGCAGGAGCAUACAUCAACACACAACAUUUUACAUUUUAGUCAUUUAGCAGACGCUCUUAUCCAGAGCGACUUACAGUUAGUGAAUACAUAUUUUUUUUAUACUGGCCCCCCGUGGGAAUCGAACCCACAACCCUGGCGUUGCAAACGCCAUGCUCUAUCAACUGAGCUACAUCCCUGCCGGCCAUUCCCUCCCUACCCUGGACGACGCUGGGCCAAUUGUGCCGCCCAUGAGUCUCCCGGUCGCGGCCGGUGCGACAGAGCCUGGAUUCGAACCAGGAUCUCUAGUGGCACAGUUAGCACUGCGAUGCAGUGCCUUAGACAACUGCGCCACUCAGGAGACAACACACCUGUAACACUGGUUGUGUCCCAAAUAGCACCCUAUUCUCUUUAUAGUGCACUACUUUGGACCAGAGCCCUAUGGCCCCUGGUCCUAUUCCCUUUAUAGUGCACUACCUUUGACCAGGAUAUACUACCCCUAUGGGUAGUAGUAGGGCAAAAGUAGUAGGGCACACCGCCCUAUCCCACCUGGACAAGAGGAAUACCUAUGUGAGAGUGCUGUUCAUCGACUACAGCUCUGCUUUCAACACCAUAGUACCCUCCAAGCUUGUCACAAUGCUCAGGGCCCUGGGCCUGAACUCCUCCCUGUGCAACUGGGUCCUAGACUUCCUAACGGACCGACCCCAGAUGGUGAGGGUAGGCAACAACACCUCCGCCACACUGAUCCUCAACACCCCCCCCCCCCGAGGUGUGUGCUCAGCCCCCUCCUGUACUGCAUAUUCACCCAUGACUGUGUGGCUAUGCACGACUCCAACACAAUCAUCAAGUUGGCUGCCGACACGACAGUGUUAGGCCUGAUUACCAAACAACAACGAGACUACAGGGAGGUGGUUAGAGCCCUGGUGGAGUGGUGCCAUGAUAAUAACCUAACCCUCAAUGAAAAAACAAAGGAGCUGAUCAUGGACUACAGGAGACAGCAGAGGGUGCAUGCCCCCCUCCACUCGACGGGGCCGCAGUGGAGAGGGUAAAAAGCUUUAAGUUCCAUGGCAUGCACAUCACCGAGGACCUGAAAUGGUCCCACCAUACCGACACCGUGGUGAAAAAGGCGCAACAGUGCCUCUACAACCUCAGGUGGCUGAAGAAAUUCAGCAUGGCCCUUAAGUCCCUCAUGCACUUCUACAGAUGCACCAUUGAGAGGAUUAUGUCGGGUUGCAUCACCGCCUCUUAGGGCAACUGCACCGUUCACUGGGACAGCUAAGUAGCUGCUCUGAAGAAAGACUCCACUCCAAACCAAGACAACUAAGAAGAAGGACAUUGUGACCUCUGGUGGACAACCAGAGCCUUACACAGACACAUGACACCACCGAAAAGGCUUGGUUUCACCAGAGAUAGACGACGAACAAAGGCAUCCACACGUAAAUACAUUCAUGAUUUCUUACUCCAAACAGGCGGUGGUUCGUGAGCAAAGUAUUAUGAUUACUUUGAAGGUAGUUUCCAAAUGUAUCAAUGAUAAGUGUCUCUUUCUCUUUGUCUCUCUUUCCCUCUCUCUCUCUCUUUACCCCUCCCUCUUUUGGUAACCAAGCAGUCAUGUUGUUGUUAGUCCGCUAGGGACUUUUUCUCAUGUAUUAAGUGUGUAUGUUAUUCUGUGUUAUUAUUUAGUUAGCUAGUAAAUAAAUAAUUAAGCCAAUUUGUGUAGUGCUGAAUCAUAAGUAAAGCCGGGGUUCGUGCAGAUCCAAGAAGUCUACGACCUUUCAGAAUGAGACUGAUAAGAGGUAAUGAUUAAUACGUUGACUGUUUUAUACAUAUUGAUAGGUAAAGAUCUGUUAGAGUUUAAUUCGGGAGAUGGUAACUCUAUAAACAACUUAUUCCGUGGUGCCCCAAAUCCUAAUGAGUUAAUUGUUACAUUAUUAAUUUAAUUGAGUAACAAUUAAACAUAGUUUGUUGAUUUGAUAAAUAACAGUCAUCAUAUUAAUGAAAGUCACAUCACGACAGACCUCAGCAACCCGAGCCAGGGUCUGUUCACUCUGCUACCUUCUGGCAGACCAAGACGGUACAGGUGCAUUAAAGCCGGAACCGAGAGACUGAAAAACAGCUUCUAUCUCCAGGCCAUCAGACUGUUGAACAGCCAUCACUAGCCAGCUACCUGCCCGGUACUCUGCCCUGCACCUUGAUACUAAUGCCACAUGUAUAUAGAGUCAUUGAAUGCUGACCACCUCAUAUUCUGUUUAUAUACUGUUGUUUACUCAUUCUAUAUGUAUAUAGUGUAUUCUCGGCAUAGCUCAUCCUAAUAUACCUACUACUGUACAUACCAUUUUCUUUCCAAAUUAUAUACUGUAUACACAUCAUGUAUUUAUAUUCUAGAUUCUGACACAGGCUCACUCUAAUAUAUCUACCCCUGGAUUGUUAAUUUAACCAGUUCUGCUAUUUCUUGAUUUCUUGUUUAGAUUAAUUUAAUUAUUUGUGUAUUUGUAUUGUAUUUGCGAGACAUUCUACUGCACUGUUGGAGCUGGAAACAUAAGCAUUUCGCUGCAUCUGCUAUAACACCUGCAGAUCUGUGUACGCAACCAAUAAGGUUUGAUUUGAUUUGACAAAGGGAAUAGAGUGCCAUUUGCGACGCAUCCACUAAAAGGCUGUUUCCUAUUACACUUGUCAGCGUAUCUGUAACAUUGAUAAUACAUGAAACACACUCGUAAACACUGAUAUUACAUGUUAACACACUGAUUACACUGGUGUGUGUGCGUGUGUGUUUGUUUGUUGACCUUGCUCUUGCCUCUCCCUGUGCGUUGUCUCCUCUACGCUCGAUGUAUUGAUGUGUUAAUGGCUGGUCUAUGUGACUGCACAUUUAUUGAUGGCCACACUACAUGUGUGAUGAAUGUGGUGCAACCAAGACUGAUUUCUUACUGUUUAACCCUAAAACCUAUGCUGUGAUAUUUUUGUGUGUAUGUGUGUGUAGCUACUGCAUGGCUUUUCUGUUGUCAUAUGUAAGCUAAUGAUCAUGUAGCAUUCAUGUAGCAUGAUGACCAUCCUCCUCUCCAUCCCUCUUCCUCCAUCGUCCCUCCAUCCGCUGCUCUAGAUUCUCUGUGUUUACUGGCCCUAGUAGCAUCAGUGACCUGGCCACUAAGAAAUCUGCUAAUUGAGAUAGCUGGUCUGGUUAGGCUCAAUUCACAUGUUAAUCUCUGUCACCACAUACACUAACUACUGUAUUAGCAACAAGCAAACUAGGUUGCAUUUACUAAAGCUCUCUGACCCUUGCUUCCAACUAAUGCUAUCUAUAGCCGUUAAAAUACUUCCAACCUAACGGCAACCUCAACCUAACAUUGGAAAAAUAUAUUUGUUUCUCUAUCUAACGCCACUAACUCCGCUACUUCGCUGUGGCAGCGUGCCAUACUGAAAUGACCCCAUCCUCUUUCUGCUUGGCUUGAUGGCUUUAGCCCACCUGAGCCCAUAUGUAUCAAGCGUUUCUAGGAUCAGGACCCACCCUGUCCAUAAUAAUCUGAUUCAUUAUGAUCUAAAAGGCUAAACUGAUCCUAGAUCAGCACUCCUACCCUGAGACGCUUGAUAAAUACGGGUUGUGAUGUUCAAUUCAACAACGAGGAGGAAGAGUAUGAUGAUGAUGGCGAUGGUGGUGUGACUUAACGCUGGUGUCAUUGGCUUGUGAACAGGAAGCUAGCGGCCGCAGUAAAGCUGGCCCAGGCCACCCAGAACAAUGGCACCCUGAAGGGCUCUAACCAUUCCGCCCAGUCCUCCUCAGGCCUGCUCCCUCAAUGGUAAACACACAGUCGCUACCUAGGGUCCCUCCACACAGGGACCAGGGUGAAGUUUUCCCUACACCCAGAUCUUGGAUCAGUUUAGCAUUUACCCCACUAAUCGUUAAGGUUAGGAAUGGGGGAGGGGAAGCUGAUCCUAGAUCUGUACCUAGGGGAAACUUCACCUCGGAGCUCCACACAGCGUCCGACACGAAUUUACACCCAUACGUACCCUUUUCACACUACUGAGCUGAGCCGAGCUGUACUCUGCUGGCCUGGUUACGCAUCCACUAUAGUUGCUGGAACCGUGCUGGAAAGGACACUGUGAAAAUAAAAUAUUUCAGGUUGGCACAAUAGUGAAAAGGGUAAUAAUAAUACAGUGCAUUCGGAGAGUAUUCAGACCCCUUAACUUUUUCCACAUUUUGUUACGUUACAGCUUUUUUUUCAAAUGUGUGUAGAUCGUUGACAAAAAAAUGACAAUUAAACCCAUUUUAAUCUCACUUUGUAACACAACAAAAUGUGAAAAGGUUUAAAGGGGUGUAGACUUUCUAUAUGCACCGUAUGUAACAAUAGCUAGGUGUCUUUAACAUGGAGUUGAGUGAUAGAGGUAGAAAGGAGCUAUUCUGUUCCACUUUAUUUAGAACUUUUGUCCAGUAAGCUAUACAUUUUUUGUCCAGUAAGCUAUACAUUUUUUGUCCAGUAAGCUAUACAUUUUUAGUCCAGUAAACUAUACAUUUUUUGUCCAGUAAACUAUACAUUUUUUGUCCAGUAAACUAUAUAUUUUUAGUCCAGGAAACUAUAAGUAGGGCUUAAACCAUCUGAGUUUGUGUACACCAUUUGUCCUAUUAUGAGUUUAGUUCAUCAUUCCUGCUCAUCAGUGUUGUCUUCAUGGUCCUGAACACGUGACCAUCCAUGGUGGACAUUGUGAGUGUGUCAUGUGACAUAGUGUGGCGGCCACUCUGUUUUCCCAGCAUGCCCCUCAGUGUCUACCAUACGUGUGGCGUGGUGUAAUUGGCUAGUCCUUUGUCUGCAUAUCCUCCCCCUUUAAAAAUAGAUAGCCUGUCUUAACAGCAAUCCCGUUUAACUACGUGGUCACAUUGGAACCUAUGCACUUGUGGAGAUCUGAUAGGAUUUGACAUGUGCAAUCCAUAAAUGCUCCUCCAAGGUUAAUUGGAGAUUUCACCAUAUUGCUUAUACCAAUCACAUCCUUUCAGAUCUCCACAAGUGCAUAGGGCAUAGGGUCUAGGGGUCCAUUUGGGAUUGGGCCGCAGUGCAGAAUUACAGGCUGUUUUCAAGGCGGAGUGAAUAUAUCGGGUGUCGUGUUCACGAAAUGCGAAACAUUAUGAAACGGGUAAAAUGAGCGUUCUUAUUGGACAAGUUCACAGAGUAUCUCCUUUGUUUCAAAACGUUUUCACCUGAUUCGUCCCUGCUGAACACCACCCAGACUUGUGAGGUUGAAAGUUAUGUGUUGACCCUCUCACCUCUAUCCCCUGACCGUCUGGUCACCAGGAUGCUGUCAGGACAGGAUGGCCAUCGGCACGCCCGCUCCCAGACUAUGCCCAUCAUCCGGGCCAAGAACGCCCUGACCAACCCCAAGCUGCUGCAGAUGAUGGAGACUGGUAAUGCCCCCCUGAGUACACCCGCCUAAUAACACUGCUGGGCACUGCCACCCCGGUCCCAUUUCAAAACUGUUUAGUUCACAUAGUUCACAUGUUCCGUUAGUUAGUUAGCUUUUGUUGUCCAAUGGCUUUUUUCCUCUUACUAACCAUCAACAGUGCUAAGUAAUAUUACUUAGCUAUUACAAUUCUGUCUCCAGUGUUGUCUUUUGUUGGGUGUGUGAGGGUUAUUGCUAGGGUUAGGGUUGUGCUGUUGUUGCUAGCUGUGCUUCUGUACCAUUGACCCUUUCCUGUCCUUCCCUCAGAUGGGAACAUCCCAGAGGGUGACCACCUGAGCCCGACGGACAUCGAGGCCAAUCUGUCCACCGAGGUGGCCCUCAUCGUACUGGAUGUCCUGGGCCUCUUUGUCCAUCACCACAAGGUCAGACAACAACACUGACCACUGUCUGAAUGGUCAAACACCGAUCUCUACAACCUACAGACCUGCUAUGGUUGUGCAACUUUCCCAAAAUUCCCAGGUUUUCCAGAAAUCCCAGUUGGAAGAUUCCUGGAAUCACAAGGGAAUAAACACGCAAUCUGGGAUUUCUGGAAAACCUGGGAAUUGUGGGGGAAAUUCCUAGAAUUUUGCAAUCCUAGACCUGUCAUUCAUGAGAGCCUAUUUUAAUACGCCACUGCCAUCUUGUGGUUAUUACUAAGAACUACAGUGACUUUCUCGCCAGGAAUCCACAUUAAAUAUCGCUCUGUUUCACUAUUCACUAUUGUUUCACUUCACUGAAUCUGAGAUAUUCCGUUUGUAUUCCAAGCUAGGGAUUUUUAUCUUCUGUUGUUCUUGUAGGUUGCUGUGCACUCCUCAAUCCUCAAGUUGGCUGUCCCUCAAAUCCUUCAAUUGCUAUACUCUGUAAAGCAACCCAGACAUGCCGUUUUGUCUGUGUUUUGACCGUACCCAUUUAUGUCUGUGUCCCAAAUGGCACCAUUUUCUCUAUAUAGUGCACUACUUUUGACAAGAGCCUUAUAGGCCCAGGUCAAAAAUAGUGCACUAUAGAUGGAAUAGGGUACCCUUAUUCCCAGACUCAAUUGGUACCGGCUGGUGGACGAGAUUAAGAAUAGGGUGCCAUUUGGGAAGAACAUAUGUUGAUUGUUGUUCUUUCUCUCCCACAGAAACAGUUACUGCAGGACGAGGGUCAGAACCUGCUGAUGAAGAAGGUGUUCGACACCUACCUCCUGUUCUUCCAGAUCAAUCAGUCCACCAGCACCCUGAGACACGUCUUCGCUGCCCUGCGCCUCUUCAUACAGAAGGUCUGUGCACUAGCUGAUAGCUCUCACACACAUACACGUAUGCAAGCAUACAUGUGUGCACACACACACGCACACACUAACUGACUUCAUGGACACAGAAUGAUUUCAUAGUACAUUACUAAUGCAAACUCUCUCUCUCUUCCUUUCUCCCCCUCCCUACUCUCUCUCGCUCUUCCUCCUUACCCCCACAUCUCUUCUCUCUAUCUCCUUCCUUACCUCCCCUCUCUUUCUCCCUUCUUACGCCCUCCCCCCCUCUCUCUCUCUAGUUCCCCUCUGCGUUCUUCCAGGGUAAAGCGGACCUGUGUGGCUGCCUGUGCUACGAGAUCCUGAAGUGCUGUAACCACCGCUCCAGCUCCACCCAGACUGAGGCCUCCGCACUCCUCUACUUCUUCAUGAGGAAAAACUUUGAGUUCACCAAGGGAAAGUCCAUCGUCCGCUCCCACCUACAGGUCAGUCAGUAGAGGUGCGGGGUGGGUAUGUCUGGGUGGGUGGGAAAGGGUGUGUGUGCCAGAGCUUUCUUUAUUUUCACUGUUUUGUUCGGUGAACACAGGGCCUGGAUAGAGAAAGGCCACAAUAUAUCUAUGGCUUUGUUUACCUCUGAAACAGACAAUUUAGCAGCCGAUCAGAGACCACACACACACACAGAUCGCCACACUGUUUCAGAGCGGUUGUGAUCAUCACCACACUGUUUCCUGUUCUCUCCUCCAUCCCUCCAGCUGAUCAAGGCAGUGAGUCAGCUGAUAGCGGAUGCUGGCAUCGGGGGCUCACGCUUCCAACAGUCUCUGGCCAUCAUCAAUAACUUUGCCAAUGGAGAUGCUCCUCUCAAGGUGAGAACAGGGACUGGACUGAGAAAUUUCGGCGUCCCAAAUGGCACCCUAUUCCCUUUAUAAUCCACUACAGUAUAAAUCAGGGAUGGGCAACUGGCGGGGGAACACAGUCAGGAUCUCAACUUACUGUUGCGAGGUAGAAUAUUAGAAAACACAAGGUGCAAUUUCUAAAUUUGGUUGUGCAUCAACAGUUUUUCUCUUGUAAUGUCAGUCACUAAUAGUCAAUCAAUUAGGCCAUGUCAGCAAAACAUUUUUGGAUUGGUAAGUUAGUCUAGUGGCCAGCUAUCUAAACUUGUAGUAACCAAGGUCUAGUUAGUAGUCAGUCUCACUCAGAUAUCAUAUUAAAAACUGGAAACAUUUCUCUCCGCCCCAUGGUAAAUGUUUUAGAAUUGCCCAAAAUCGAAUGUUAUUUAUCACAUGCUUCGUAAAACAACAGGUGUAGACUAACAGUGAAAUGCUUACUUACAGGCCCUUCCCAACAAUGCAAAGAGAAAAAAUUGAAAUAUAAUAACACAAGGAAUAAAUACACAAUGAAUAAUGAUAACUUGGCUAUAUACACAGGGUACCAGUACCGAGUCGAUGUGCAGGGGUACGAGGUAAUUGAGGUAGAUAUGUACAUAUAGGUAGGGAUAAAGUUUCUAGGCAACAGGAUAGAUAAUAAACAGGAACAGCAGCGUAUGUGAUGAGUCAAAAUAGUUAGUGCAGUAGCAGAGAGAACAGUCUAUGACUUGGGUGGCUGGAGUCUGACAGUUUUUAGGGUCUUCCUCUGACACCGCCUAUAUGGCAAUAGGGUUGAAUUUGGGAGUCAGCCCUAGUGUUGAGGAAUUAGAGAGUUAGUGAUUCCUCUCUUAACUCCCUCUAUUGACUAAUAAUGUUUGUAUAUACUGCGAUUGUGUAUACUGUCCGUGUUUGAUCUGAUGUGACGUCAUGUCAUGUCAUGUACAUUGUGUCUGUAACUGAGACACACAGAAGCCAAAAACCCUUUGUCCAUGUUUACCACUAAAAGAACAAUAAACCUUUAUAAACUGUGAUGUCAACGUGUAUGAUCCAUCCUUUCUCCCAGAACACACCGUUCCCUGCUGAGGUGAAAGACUUGACUAAGCGGAUCCGCACGGUGUUGAUGGCCACGUCCCAGAUGAAGGAGCACGAGAAGGACCCGGAGAUGCUGGUGGACCUGCAAUACAGCCUGGCCAACUCCUACGCCAGCACGCCCGAGCUCCGGCGCACCUGGCUGGAGAGCAUGGCCAAGAUACAUGUCCGCAACGGAGACCUCUCCGAGGUACAGCAGGACUGGGUUACUGGGAUAUGUUAUGGGUUAUGUGAUGUUAUGUUAUGAAUAGGGUACAGAGAUAUGUACAGUGGGUAUCAUAAGUAUUCACCCCCCUUGGAUUUCUUCACAUUCUGUUGCGUUACAAAGUGGGAUUGAAAUGAAUUUAAUUGAGUUUUUUGUCAUAGAUCUACAAAAAAUACUCCAUAAUGUCAAAGUGAAAAGAAAUUUCUACAAAUGUUUACAAAUGAAUACAAAUUAAAUAACUAAAAUAUAGUUGUGGCGUAAGUAUUCACCCCCUUUGUUUAGGCGAGACUAAAUUACACUGAACAAAAAUAUAAAUGCAACAUGCAACAAUUUCAAAGAUUGUACUGAGUUACAGUUCAUAUAAGGAUAUCAGUCAAUUUAAAUAAAUUAUUUAGGCCCUAAUCUAUGGAUUUCACAUGACUGGGAAUGCAGAUAUGCAUCUGUUGUUCACAGAUACCUUAGAAAAAAGGUAGGGGCGUGGAUCAGAAAACCAGUCAGUAUCUGGUGUGACCACCAUUUGCCUCAUGCAGCGCGACACAUCUUGGUGCUCCGUUACUGCUUGCCGUGCGGUAGCAGAGAGAACAGUCUAUGACUAGGGUGGCUUGAGUCUUUGUCUAUUUUGAGGGCCUUCCUCUGACACCGCCUAGUAUAAAGGUCCUGGAUGACAGGAAGUUUGGCCCCAGUGAUGUACUGGGGCGUACGCACUACCCUCUGUAGCGCCUUAUGGUCGGAUGCCGAGCAGUUGCCAUACCAGGUGGUGAUGCAACCGGUCAGGAUGCUCUCGAUGGUGCAGCUGUUGAACUUUUUGAGGAUCUGAGGACCCAUGCCAAAUCUUUUCAGUCUCCUGAGGGGGAAAAGGUGUUGUCGUGCCCUCUUCAGGACUGUCUUGGUGUGUUUGGACCAUGAUAGUUUGUUGGUGAUGUGGACACCAAGGAACUUGAAACUCUCGACCCGCUCCACUACAACCCUGUUGAUGUGAAUGAGGGCGUGUUCGGCCCUCCUUUUCCUGUAGUCCACGAUCAGCUCCUUUGUCUUGCUCACGUUGAGGGAGAGGUUGUUGUCCUGGCACCACACUGCCAGGUCUCUGACCUCCUCCCUAUUGGCUGUCUCAUUGUUGUCGGUGAUCAGGCCUACCACUGUUGUGUCGUCAGCAAACUUAAUGAUUGUGUUGGAGUCGUGCUUGGCAACGCAUUUGUGGGUGAACAGGGAGUACAGGAGGGGACUGAGCACGCACCCCUGAGGGGCCCCCGUUUUGAGGAUCAGCGUGGCAGAUGUGUUGUUGCCUACCCUUACCACCUGGGGUCGGCCCAUCAGGAAGUCCAGGAUCCAGUUGCAGAGGGAGGUGUUUAGUCCCAGGGUCCUUAGCUUAGUGAUGAGCUUUGUGGGCACUAUGGUGUUGAACGCUGAGCUGUAGUCAAUGAACAGCAUUCUCACAUAGGUGUUCCUUUUGUCCAGGUGGGAACGGGCAGUGAGGAUUGCGAUUGAAAUUGCGUCAUCUGUGGAUCUGUUAGGGUGGUAUGCGAAUUGGAGUGGGUCUAGGGUUUCCGGGAUGAUGGUGUUGAUGUGAGCCAUGACCAGCCUUUCAAAGCACUUCAUGGCUACCGACGUGAGUGCUACGGGGCGGUAGUCAUUCAGGCAGGUUACCUUCGCAUUCUUGGGCACAGGUUCUGCUUGAAUGAUGUGAUGGUAUCUGUGAUUAAACUGUUCACCUCCUUUCCUCCUGUUCCUCUGUCCAUCAGGCAGCCAUGUGUUACAUCCACAUCUCAGCCCUGAUCGCUGAGUCCCUCAAGAGGAGAGGUGAGCACAGCCUGGUGGGCCGCAACAUGGCAACAAGCUUCUGCAGUGUGUGUAUGUGUGCUCUCUAGCGUGUAUAUGUGUGUGUGGAGAACCUCUAACCUCUUUGCUUGUGAGUCUUCUGGACGCUUCUGGCCAUCAAUUGGCUGGACAGCAUGUGUGACAUCAUCAUGCAGCGCUGUGUGCAUAUGGCUACUUUAGCCUUUCUGCAAACAUUUGUUCUGCUGUAGGGGUGGAAAUGGUAUGAGUGGGUUGGUGUGUGUGUGUGUGUGUGUGUAUACAUGUAUGUGCAUGUACGUGCUUGUGAGUUUGUUAUACACUGUGGAUGUGUGCAUGCUUUUGUGUGUUGGCAUAUGACUUAUUGUGUGUGUGUGUGUGUGUGUGUGUGUGUGUGAGAAGAGAGGUUAGUCAGAGCUGAGCUGUGUGUGCUCUGUCUCACAAUCCCACUGUCUGGAAAACAAUGACAUCAUCCAAUCAGCACACAGAGACCUCAAUGUGCUACGGUACUGGCCAUCCACUCUUUACUCUCUCAUACACAAACAUAGCCUGCGUCCCAAAUAGCACCAUAUUCCCUAUAUAGUGCACUACUUUUGACCAGAACCCAAUGGGCCCUGGUCAAAAGUAGUGCACUACAUAGGGAAUAGGGUGCCAUUUGGGACAUUGCCCGUGUCUGCUGCUGUGAGUGCGACUUCACAUCCUCUCAUGUAUAGUAUGCGCUACUAUGACAUGGGAACUCGGUGUCUCCAUCUGCACGCGUGUGUGCUUGCUAGCCCAUGCAUGCUUCACCGUUCAGAGCCUGAGCCGUCAUCUCUCUCUCUCUUUCUGCCGCCGCUCGCCGUGUGUGGAACGCAUGCCCUGUAAACCACUGGCUUGUCAUGAAGAGAAAAAAGGCAAAACAGAAGUGAAAAGUUCCAAGUAUGUACAGUAAACUCCUAUACUCCUCCUUAUAACGCAGGCUACUGGAAACCUGACAAGGCCAGGAUGUCAAGUGUGGUUCCUGAGGAGCCCAAUGUCAUUAUCUGUAGCCCCUUACUAACCCCCCGAGAUGGAGAAAGUGAGUGUGCCGCCCUGGGGCCGGGCCAUGGAACAGGGAUGCGUAAAGGGUGGGGGGGAUUCAAGCUAUGCUUACUUCAGAAUCAGAACUUUAUUCGCCAAGUACAUUUACAUCUACCAGGAAUUUAACGUUGUGAAAUGGUGCUGACAGCAAUAAACAGAAUAUACAGAACGUACACAUAAUCUACAUACAGCAUACAAUAUAGAUAGUGAAAACAGUUUACUUGGACCAAAAUUUGACUGCAACUAGCAGAAUGGAGUCUGAAUUCUUACAGGUGCACAGUGUAAUGUUUUGAAGUCCACUGCAAUGGCUUAACCAUACCACUUAGAACGAAGCAAUGUAUUGGACAUGCAUUCUAAGUGGUAUACUGAACAUACCUUAUGACUCAAAAGACUAGCAGAAUGGAGUCCAGACAGGUAUGAUGUUUUGAAGCCCACUGAUUUGCCUUUACUAUUGAAAGAUGUCUUUGGUCUACCUUGCCUUUUGAGAGAUGCCUUUUAUUGAUGUCCACUCAAGUUUCACUUGAAAUGUGUAAAGAAAGCACGUUCACAAUGAAUGGUGUUACUGUUCUUUGUUUGGAUUUGUUGAUAUGGAACACAAGGAAUGUUAAGUACCACAGUGUAACUGUGUGUGUGUUGUUACCGUGUGUGUGUGCACACCAUGCGAGUGUGCGUCUGUCUGUCUGUGUGUGUGUGUGUGUGUGUGUGUGAGUUAGCGAGAGUGUGUGGUGUAUGGGUUCAAACCAUUGGAUGAUGAAAUGCACACAAGCAUAAAGAAGAGAGUGACAAAAUGUUGUUCCUAUGAGCUCUCUGCUCCUAUGUCCCUCCUUCUCUGAUGUCAUAUCCUGUGUGAAACCUCAGCGUCGUUCUCCAUGGGCUGGGCGGCCUUCCUGUGCGUCUCACCGAACGUGAAGGAAGAGGGGGCCAUGAAAGAGGACACAGGGACUCAGGAUACCCCCUACACUGAGGUACCCUCACCCCCACUGGCUCCAGUACAAAUAAUUGUAUAGAUUUUUCAGCUCAGAUUUGGAAGAUCAUUUAAUGGCAAUACAGUGCAGAGCCAGGGCCCGUAUUCAUAAAGUGUCUCAGAGUACGAGUGCUGAUCUAGGAUCAGGUCGUCCCUCUUAUUCAUUAUGACUUAAAAUGCUAGACAGAUCCUAACCUCCCUGUUUAUGUAGGAUACUCUGGUGGAGCAGCUGGAGCUGUGCGUGGACUACCUGUGGAAGUCUGAGAGGCACGAGCUCAUCGCCGAUAUCAACAAACCCGUCAUUGCCGUCUUUGAGAAGAGGCGAGAUUUCAAGGUGACUGGGGGGAUAGGACGAGGUUGUUUCUUGUCCAGGCCAGAAACACUCGGACAGGAGGGAGAUAGUGUGAUAGCAGUUGUGAUUGACAUUGUGUGUGUGUGCGUGAUCCACAGAGGCUGUCGGAGCUGUACUACGACAUCCACCGCUCCUACCUGAAGGUGACAGAGGUCGUGAACUCUGAGAAGCGUCUGUUUGGCCGAUACUACCGCGUGGCGUUCUACGGACUGGUAAGUGCCAUCAUAGCCACAGAAGACACUGAAAAUGACAAACACACCUUAUAGAUAGGUGUGUGUGUACCGUGUACCUAGCCUGAGUGCCAGUCUUUGUGCUAUCAUGCUAACUCCUUGUUACUCAUUGUCAUGUUUGGCAUCGAUCUGGAUCAUACAUACAGACUGGCACUCAGGCUAGCGUGUACCAUCCCUGCUCCGGGAUUCAGUCCUUCAGGUCUCAGGGGAGGAGGAAUGAUGUCACAGCGCGAUGCUAAACUAGCUUCAACUAGCUUCUACUAGCUUUGACUAGCUUGAUAGCCUCCACAUCUGCAGCAUACAGUACAUGCUAUAGCCCUCCGGUACGAACCCAGUCUCCUCUGUCUUUUGUCCCAUAAGGGACGUCAAACUCCUACAUUCACUAAGCUGGUUGGACACAUCUUAGAAGAGCCUGAAUCCUUUAGACAUUGAACCUUUGGGGAAUGGAGAGAGGGGUAGAUCACAACUGGUCUCUAGUCAGUCUCUUUAAUUCCUCCAUCUGCUGUGUUUCUUUUCUUCCUUUUGGUUUUUCUGUAUCAAGAUUGCGGUAAGUUUGUGUCUCUUUUUGUUUCUCAUCUUCUUUGCUCCUCUUACCUUCUCUCUUUCCUCUGCUCUCCCUUCACCGGUAGUAGCUUCUCUAACCUGUCUUCGAAGAUAUAUGCUGUAUACAUAUUGUUAUGCGCUUCUAUAUGAUAUGUAUACCUACCGGGAUUUGGGGUCGAUUCUAUAUCAAUUCAGUCAAUUCAGGAAUAUAAAUGAGGAAAUUGGCAUUGGAAUUUCAGUUUACUUCCUGAGUUGAAGGAAUUUAUAUAGAAUUGACCCCAACCCUGAUACCUACCCCGAUACCUACAUCCUAUAAUCUCCAGUAAUCUUUUUCCCUUCAACGAUCACAAUCUCUAAUCUUUAGCUCCUGUGAACAGAUCUUAGAACAGUUGGUGUCAAGAUGACAUAGCAGCAUACAUGCAGGCAGGCCAGGGCCUGUAUUCACAAAGCAUCUCUGAAUGGGACUGCUGAUUUUAGGAUCUGUUUAGCAUUUUAAAUCAUAAUGAAUAAGAGGGGCGACCUGAUCCUAGAUCAGCACUCCUACUCUGAGACACUUUAUGAAUACGGGCCCUGGUCAUGAAUGUUGGAAUGUAGGGCUCUUUCUCAACUCAUCUCUCCUCGAUUCCUCUCAUCCCCUCUUCUCACAGCCUCCUUCUCCAAACCGAGGGUCUGAGUGGAGGGACUUUGGACUAGGGUUGAAUAUUUUCCCAGAAUUUUACAAAUGUUCCAUCCCGAGAAUAAAUCACUUUUUUCCCAGGUAACCCGGUGUUUCCCGGCAAAACCAGAAGUGUCAUUCAAAAGCAGAUAAAUCAUUUAAAUAGCCUAUGUCUGGAUUUGAUUAGAGCUUUGAUCGAAAAUUCAAGCCUGAUGCUACCUGAGCCUGAUGAGCCAUACAUUAAAUACAUUUUAUGAGCCCUACAUUAAAGACAUUUAAUGAGCCCAAAAAAGCCCAAAUGAUUGUGCUGUUAUCCAAUACAUAUAUAUGAUACGGUAGGCUACUGCACAUUACGCACAACUGAAAAAAAAAUUAAAAGCCCAUAGAUGUAGCUACAGUGAGGGGAAAAAAGUAUUUGAUCCCCUGCUGACCCACUGACAAAGAAAUGAUCAGUCUAUAAUUUUAAUGGUAGGUUUAUUUGAACAGUGAGAGACAGAAUAACAACAAAAAAAUCCAGAAGAACGCAUGUCAAAAAUUUUAUAAAUUGAUUUGCAUUUUAAUGAGGGAAAUAAGUAUUUGACCCCCUCUCAAUCAGAAAGAUUUCUGGCUCCCUGAUGUCUUUUAUACAGGUAACGAGCUGAGAUUAGGAGCACACUCUUAAAGGGAGUGCUCCUAAUCUCAGCUUGUUACCUGUAUAAAAGACACCUGUCCACAGAAGCAAUCAAUCAAUCAGAUUCCAAACUCUCCACCAUGGCCAAGACCAAAGAGCUCUCCAAGGAUGUCAGGGACAAGAUUGUAGACCUACACAAGGCUGGAAAGGGCUACAAGAACAUCGCCAAGCAGCUUGGUGAGAAGGUGACAACAGUUGGUGCGAUUAUUCGCAAAUGGAAGAAACACAAAAGAACUGUCAAUCUCCCUCAGCCUGGGGCUCCAUGCAAGAUCUCACCUCGUGGAGUUGCAGUGAUCAUGAGAACGGUGAGGAAUCAGCCCAGAACUACACGGGAGGAUCUUAUCAAUGAUCUCAAGGCAGCUGGGACCAUAGUCACCAAGAAAAUAAUUGGUAACACACUACGCCGUGAAGGACUGAAAUCCUGCAGUGCCCGCAAGGUCCCCCUGCUCAAGAAAGCACAUAUACAUGCCCGUCUGAAGUUUGCCAAUGAACAUCUGAAUGAUUCAGAGGACAACUGGGUGAAAGUGUUGUGGUCAGAUGAGACCAAAAUGGAGCUCUUUGGCAUCAACUCAACUCGCCGUGUUUGGAGGAGGAGGAAUGCUGCCUAUGACCCCAAGAACACCAUCCCCACUGUCAAACAUGGAGGUGGAAACAUUAUGCUUUGGGGGUGUUUUUCUGCUAAGGGGACAGGACAACUUCACCGCAUCAAAGGGACGAUGGACGGGGCCAUGUACCGACAAAUCUUGGGUGAGAACCUCCUUCCCUCAGCCAGGGCAUUGAAAAUGGGUUGUGGAUGGGUAUUCCAGCAUCACAAUGACCCAAAACACACGGCCAAGGCAACAAAGGAGUGGCUCAAGAAGAAGCACAUUAAGGUCCUAGAGUGGUCUAGCCAGUCUCCAGACCUUAAUCCCAUAGAAAAUCUGUGGAGGGAGCUGAAGGUUCGAGUUGCCAAACGUCAGCCUUGAAACCUUAAUGACUUGGAGAAGAUCUGCAAAGAGGUGUGGGACAAAAUCCCUCCUGCGAUGUGUGCAAACCUGGUUGCCAACUACAAGAAACGUCUGACCUCUGUGAUUGCCAACAAGGGUUUUGCCAGUGCUAAGUCAUGUUUUGCAGAGGGGUCAAAUACUUAUUUCCCUCAUUAAAAUGCAAAUCAAUUUAGAACAUUUUUGACAUGCGUUUUUCUGGAUUUGUUUGUUGUUAUUCUGUCUCUCACUGUUCAAAUAAACCUACCAUUAAAAUUAUAGACUGAUAAUUUAUUUGUCAGUGGGUAAACGUACAAAAUCAGCAGGGGAUCAAAUACUUUUUUCCCCUCACUGUAGCUAAAUGCAUUCUUGGGUAAUUAAAUGAAAGAAGCUCCAGUAGACGAAUCUUUUUUAGUGUGAAGUGAACUGUAUUACUGUACCAUAUUCUAUUAUACUGUAUAAUAUGGACUGGAAUUACACACCUCGUUCAAACCAUGAUGAAGAUGAAGAGAACAUGCGAUUCUGGUGCAGCACAUGCGGCCUACAAAGUUAAAAGCAUAGGCUAGUGAUUUUAAUAAUAAUAAUAAUAAUAGGGCCUAUUUGUAUAAUUAGUAGGCUGACGCAUAUAUACCUUUCAUAAUAUUUAUCCUAAUCUUAUUAGCCUACCUCCUCUUUCUCUAUUGUUGCUUCAUCCCUUCCUCGCUUUCAACAGUUAAAUGAAAUAAGUUCCAUUGUCCCUAUCUUCAUCAUUCCAAUGACAUGCUUGAAUAAUAUAGGACUAGAAUUAGGUGCAGACAGCUUUCACUUCUCUUCACGAAGAUUGAAUGGUUAUGGGUCUGAAUAAAUAACUGCUAUAGCCUACCGCCAUUGCGCGUUCGCUCUUCUUUCAAACUACCCGUGAGUUCUAUUGGCUGCUGUAUUUAACAUUCAGAAAACAAGAGCUUGCGUCCCUCUUCGAAUUGUCUAUUGGUAUAAGAAAUGCAAAAAAAUUAAAAUAAUCCCGCAAGCUAUUCUAGUCUAGCUUUUCCUGCAUGGGACUCCAAGAGCUAAGGAGAGAUUUUUAAGGAGAGAGGCCAGUGGAGCACAGGUGCGUGCGUAUUGCGCAAGAGACAGAGGCUAGUUAGAAGCUUAUUAUGCAUAAUCCAUCACCUGAAAGAGGUAGGCUAGGACAUCUAUCUAUAUAUAUAUAUAUACACUGCUCAAAAAAAUAAAGGGAACACUUAAACAACAUAAUGUAACUCCAAGUCAAUCACACUUCUGUGAAAUCAAACUGUCCACUUAGGAAGCAACACUGAUUGACAAUACAUUUCACAUGCUGUUGUGCAAAUGGAAUAGACAACAGGUGGAAAUUAUAGGCAAUUAGCAAGACACCCCCAAUAAAGGAGUGGUUUUGCAGUUGGUGACCACAGACCACUUCUCAGUUCCUAUGCUUCCUGGCUGAUGUUUUGGUCACUAUUGAAUGCUGGCGGUGCUUUCACUCUAGUGGUAGCAUGAGACGGAGUCUACAACCCACACAAGUGGCUCAGGUAGUGCAGCUCAUCCAGUAUGGCACAUCAAUGCGAGCUGUGGCAAGAAGGUUUGCUGUGUCUGUCAGCGUAGUGUCCAGAGCAUGGAGGCGCUACCAGGAGACAGGCCAGUACAUCAGGAGACGUGGAGGAGGCCGUAGGAGGGCAACAACCCAGCAGCAGGACUGCUACCGCCGCCUUUGUGCAAGGAGGAGCAGGAGGAGCACUGCCAGAGCCCUGCAAAAUGACCUCCAGCAGGCCACAAAUGUGCAUGUGUCUGCUCAAACGGUCAGAAACAGACUCCAUGAGGGUGGUAUGAGGGCCCGACGUCCACAGGUGGGGGUUGUGCUUACAGCCCAACACCGUGCAGGACGUUUGGCAUUUGCCAGAGAACACCAAGAUUGGCAAAUUCGCCACUGGCGCACCGUGCUCUUCACUGAUGAAAGCAGUUUCACACUGAGCACAUGUGACAGACGUGACAAAGUCUGGAGACGCCGUGGAGAACGUUCUGCUGCCUGCAACAUCCUCCAGCAUGACCGGUUUGGUGGAGAUCCCUCAGGAGACCAUCCGCCACCUCAUCAGGAGCAUGCCCAGGCAUUGUAUGAAGGUCAUACAGGCACGUGGAGGCCACACACACUACUGAGCCUCAUUUUGACUUGUUUUAAGGACAUUACAUCAAAGUUGGAUCAGCCUGUAGUGUGGUUUUCCACUUUAAUUUUGAGGGUGACUCCAAAUCCAGACCUAAAUUUGAUUUCCAUUGAUAAUUUUUGUGCGAUUUUGUUGUCAGCACAUUCAACUAUGUAAAGAAAAAAGUAUUUAAUAAGAUUAUUUCAUUCAUUCAGAUCUAGGAUGUGUUAUUUUAGUGUUCCCUUUAUUUUUUGGAGCAGUGUAUAUAUAUAUAUAUCAAUCUUGAAUAGACUGCUGGCGCAUGCUCUGAUUUAAAGCAGCGAUAUUCGAGUGAGUCAAAACUAUGCAGCUACAAUUUAAAAAAUAAAAUCUUUACAAUAAAAAAUGAAGGUGACCACCGAAAGCCAGAUGGAGAUGGGUAAAUUAGACGCACAUUCUGUCCUUAUAUUACAGUAGCAUAGGCUAUGCUGCAGAAAAUGUAGCCUACCUGUCACAAGAACAAAAGUUACCAUGAUGAGAUGAUAGGUCUACAUGCAUUGUGAACUGCACUCCAUACUGAGAUGGGCUGUCUGUCCCCACCAUGAGCGUUGAUGAUUGAUCAUGCAGAGAGCGGAGAGGAGGCCGUAGAGAAACAAUAUUUCGACAUUGCAUAUAAUUUAACAGUUCCAUUUCACGUCAUGCUGUUGAUAUAAAUCAUUUAUUCAAAUGUACCGGUUUCUCGCAGUUAUUUAUCCCGGGAAAAGGGAGUGGUUUUGGGCAGUAAAUCUCAGUAACCGCGUUCCCACCAUUCAACCCUACCUUGGACCUUUUCCUCCAAUACGGUUAAGAAAGAGACAAGGGCCUCCCGAGUGGCGCAGUGGUGUAAGGCACUGCAUCGCAGUGCUUGAGGCGUCACUACAGACCCGGUGGCACAGCCGGCCGUGACCGGGAGACCGGCGGCGCACAAUCGGCCCAGCGUCGUCCGGGUUAGGGGAGGGUUUGGCUGGCUGGGAUUUCCUUGUCCCAUCGUGCUCUAGCGACUCCUUGUGGCCAGCCGGGUGCCUGCAAGCUGACUUCGGUCGCCAGCUGGACGGUGUUUCCUCUGACACAUUGGUGCGGCUGACUUCUGGGUUAAGCAAACAGUGUGUCAAGAAGCAGGGUCGUGUUUCGGAGGACGCAUGGCUCUCGACCUUCGCAUAUCCCGAGUCCGUAGGGGAGUUGCAGCAAUGGGACAAGACUGUAACUACCAAUUGGAUAUCACGAAAAAGGGGUAAAGUACAAAAAAUACAAAUAAAAAAAAAAGGAAGGAAGGAGGAUAUAGGAUGCGAGGAAUCGAAGAAAGACUAAUUGAGACAGAGCCUAGGAGUUGAUUCCAAAGGAAAGAGCACACCGUCUGAAAAUAACCCUCAUUGCCCUUUGACCCCAUGGUGCUUUGAGAAUGACCUCUGACCUCUAAAUGGCCUCUGUUUUAUCUAGAACAUAACAUUGCAAUUUUGUCAGUGCCUUUUAUGAUUACGAUUGUGUUCUAACAAGCUGACGUAACACUAAGAAACAUGACUAGACUGAUAGGGAAGCGCAGUAAACCACUAGGAGGUGAUGUGAGCCUAGAUAUUCCAGCUAAAGGUUAUUCAUAUUCAGCUAAGUGAUGGAAACAGAAACCAAAGGGCCACAGUUGUACACAAUACAUGCACAUAUACAUACUCUUCAAAGUAUUGACGCAGGCAUUGCAUUCAGACAAACAGACACACACACACACAGAGAGACACAUUUACAUGACAUUUUACAUUUUGGUCAUAUAACAGAAGCUCUUAUACAGAGUGACUUACAGUCAGGAGCACAGACAAGCACGCAUACACACACACACACACACAGGUGCUUGGGUAACAUGGUGUUUCUGUAACAGGGUUUCUUUGAGGAGGAGGAGAGUAAAGAGUUCAUCUAUAAGGAGCCUAAGCUGACAGGACUGUCCGAGAUCUCCCAGAGGCUCCUCAAACUCUACUCUGACAAGUUCGGGGCCGACAACGUCAAGAUGAUCCAGGACUCCAACAAGGUCAGUCUACUAUCUCUCCCCAGCUUUCAAACACUGUCACAUUUACAGUUGAAGUCGGAAGUUUACCAUACACUUAGGUUGGAGUCAUUAAAACUCGUUUUCCAACCACUCCACAAAUGUCUUGUUAACAAACUAUAGUUUUGGCAAGUCGGUUAGGAUAUCUACUUUGUGCAUGACACAAGUCAUUUUUCCAACAAUUGUUUACAGACAGAUUAUUUCACUUAUAAUUCACUGUAUCACAAUUCCAGUGGGUCAGAAGUUUAUAUACACUAAGUUGACUGUGCCUUUAAACAGCUUGGAAAAUUCCAGAAAAUGAUGUCAUGGCUUUAGAAGCUUCUGAUAGGCUAAUUGACGUCAUUGGAGUCAAUUGGAGGUGUACCUGUGGAUGUAUUUCAAGGCCUACCUUCAAACUCAGUGCCUCUUUGCUUGACAUCAUGGGAAAAUCAAAAGAAAUAUACCCAAAAAUUGUAGACCUCCACAGUCUGGUUCAUCCUUGGGAGCAAUUUCCAAACACCUGAAGGUACCACGUUCAUCUGUACAAACAAUAGUACGCAAGUAUAAACACCAUGGGACCACACAGCCGUCAUACCGCUCAGGAAGGAGAUGCGUUCUGUCUCCUAGAGAUCAAAGUACUUUGGUGCGAAAAGUGCAAAUCAAUUUCAGAACAAGGAAGGACAAGAACCUUGUGAAGAUGCUGGAGGAAAUGGGUACAAAAGUAUCUACAGUCGUGGUCAAAGGUUUAGAAAAUUACACAAAUAUUAAUUUUCACAAAUUCUGCUGCCUCAGUUUUUAUGAUGGCAAUUUGCAUAUACUCCAGAAUGUUAUGAAGAAUGAUCAGAUUAAUUGCAAUUAACAUUUCCACUGCAUUUUAGCCCUGCCACAAAAUGACCAGCUGACAUCAUGUCAGUGAUUCUCUCGUUAACACAAGUGAGAGUGUUGACGAGGACAAGGCUGGAGAUCACUCAGUCAUGCUGAUUGAGUUAGAAUAACAGACUGGGAGCUUUAAAAGGAGGGUGGUGCUUGAAAUCCCCUGUAGCUCAGUUGGUAGAGCAUGGCGCUUGCAACGCCAGGGUUGUGGGUUCGUUUCCCACGGGGGACUAGUAUGAAAAAUGUAUGCACUCACUAACUGUAAGUCACGCUGGAUAAGAGCGUCUGCUAAAUGACUAAAAUGUAAAUGUAAAAUGUUAAUCAUUGUUCUUCCUCUGUUAACCAUGGUUACCUGUAAGGAAACACAUGCCGUCAUCAUUGCUUUGCACAAAAAGGGCUUCACAGGCAAGGAUAUUGCUGCUAGUAAGAUUGCACCUAAAUCAACCAUUUAUCGGCUCAUCAAGAACUUCAAGGAGAGGGGUUCAAUUGUUGUGAAGAAGGCUUCAGGGCGCCCAAGAAAGUCCAGCAAGCGCCAGGACCAUCUCCUAAAGUUGAUUCAGCUGCGGGAUCGGGGCACCACCAGUGCAGAGCUUGCUCAGGAAUGGCAGCAUUCAGGUGUGAGUGCAUCUGCACGCACAGUGAGGCGAAGACUUUUGGAGGAUGGCCUGGUGUCAAGAAGGGCAGCGAGGAAGCCACUUCUCUCCAGGAAAAACAUCAGGGACAGACUGAUAUUCUGCAAAAGGUACAGGGAUUGGACUGCUGAGGACUAGGGUAAAGUCAUUUUCUCUGAUGAAUCCCAUUUCCGAUUGUUUGGGGCAUCCGGAAAAAAGCUUGUCCGGAGAAGACAAGGUGAGAAAUAAAAGCUGAAAUAAAUAAUUCUCUCUACUAUUAUUCUGACAUUUCACAUUCUUAAAAUAAAGUGGUAAUCCUAACUGACCUAAGACAGGGAAUUUUUACUAGGAUUAAAUGUCAGGAAUUGUGAAAAACUGAGUUUAAAUGUAUUUGGCUAAGGUGUAUGUAGACUUCUGACUUCAACUGUAUAUGUUUCAUAUACAGUGUUAUUCUAAGUGUAUCGGCCUCUUUAGUACUUGUCUCUGUUUCUUUCAUAGAAAGAUUGCUGUCAAAAUGUUGUAAAUAAAUGAAUGUACUACUACAUUUUGACAGCAAUCUUUCUCCAUAGAAAAGCAGCCAGUGAAGUAGUGAUUCAUUUAGACCAUGGGUCUCCAACAGGUCGAUCGCGAGCUACCAGCAGCUCGCCAAACAAUUCUGAAAGUAUAUGCAAUUUUCACGUGUUCCAUCGCAGAAUGUCAUAAACAAAUCUCACAAGUAUCAGACGCCGCAAGCUCCCAGCUACUACGUGAUCAAAGCAACUUGACAUUAUCCCACCCCUGGUUAGCCACUAUUGGCUUAAAAAGCCAAACCUAACACAAUAUCUGCCAAUUAAUAUCCAGCAAUAUUGCCCCUGCCUGUCUGUGUGCUGCCCGCGUUUGUCUAUCACUCCAUGUGUAGCCAGUUGAUGUGAUAACCAUCUAAAAAUUUUUUUUUUUUUUUUUUUCGGGGGGAUAACCAUCUAAAUUAAAUGUUAACUGCAAAGUAGGUUUACCUGGCAGAAGUAGUCCCCUGUAGCUCAGUUGGUAGAGCAUGGCUCUUGCAACGCCAGGGUUGUGGGUUCGUUUCCCACGGGGGGCCAGUAUGAAUUUUUUCUCUCUGGAUUUCGCUCUGGAUAAGAGCGUCUGGUAAAUAUGUAAAAUGUAAAUGUAAGUAUAUCAUGAGUAAGUAUAUAAUUUGUAUCUAACUUAGCUAUGAAAUGAGCAGCAGCAGCAUCGCUAGACCGGCCAUUAGACUGCACAUUCCUCACUCACUAGAUGAGCAAUUAAUGGGGCAUUAUGCUCAAAAAUCUACAUUUGUUAGUUUUCGUCCAGGCCUACACAUCAGCAACCACAGCUAGUAAAGUCACUGCAACCCUAAACAAAGAGUUUCAGUCAGUUUUAGAAAAGGUGGCCAGUAAUAAACUGUUCUUGACCAUCUCUAAAACUAAUAGCAUUGUAUUUGGUACAAAGUUCUAGACCUCAGCUGAAUCUGGUAAUGAAUGGUAUGGCUGUUGAGCAAGUUCAGGAGAAUUACUUGGUGUUACCUUAGAUUGUAUACUGUAGAUUCAAUGGUUAUAAAGAUGGGGAGAGAGCUUUUCUUUUUUGACACCACACUCCACAAUGCAAGUCCUGCAGGCUCUAGUUUUAUCUUAUCUUGAUUAUUGUCCAGUCAUAUGAUUCAGAGAUUCAGAGUGUUUAAAAGGUCACAUGUACAGGGUUGCAGGUGUGAUUGCAGGGUACAGUGAAAAUCAAGAAGGACUAAGUGAAAUACAAUAAUGAAUACAAAAUAAAUAGAAAUAGCACUAUAUACAUCAUAACUGUAGCAGUGAUGAAUAACUAAAUGUCCAUUGGGGGGAGGCAGAGUAAAGACUUUAGGGGGUGGGGGGGGGAUGACCAUAGGGGGAGCAGCAUGGCCAUUGAGGGGGUGUGGGGACCAAGUGAAAUCAAAACAAUACAAAUUAUAUAUUAUUAUAUGGUCUGAACCCCGCCCUGUGCAACUGGGUCCUGGACUUCCUGACAGGCCGCCCCCAGGUGGUGAAGGUAGGAAACAACAUCUCCACUUCGCUGCUCCUCAACACUGGGGCCCCACAAGGGUGCGUGCUCAGCCCCCUCCUGUACUCCCUGUUCACCCAUGACUGCGUGGCCAAGCACGCCUCCAACUCAAUCAUCAAGUUUGCAGACGACACAACAGUAGUAGGCUUGAUUACCAACAAUGACGAGACCGCCUACAGGGAGGAGGUGAGGGCUCUGGGAGUGUGGUGCCAGGAAAAUAACCUCUCACUCAACGUCAACAAAACAAAGGAGAUGAUCGUGGACUUCAGGAAACAGCAGAGGGUGCACCCCCCUAUCCACAUCGACGGGACUGCAGUGGAGAAGGUGGAAAGCUUCAAGUUCCUUGGCGUACACAUCACUGACAAACUGAAAUGGUCCACCCAUGCAGACAGUGUGGUGAAGAAGGUGCAACAGAGCCUCUUCAACCUCAGGAGCCUGAAGAAAUUUGACUUGUCACCUAAAACCCUCACAAACUUUUACAGAUGUACAAUUGAGAGCAUCCUGUCGGGCUGUAUCACCGCCUGGUACGGCAACUGCACCGCCCGCAACCGCAGGGCUCUCCAGAGGGUGGUGCGGUCUGCCGAAUGCAUUACCGGGGGCAAACUACCCGCCCUCCAAGACACCUACAGCACCCGAUGUCAAAGGAAGGCCAAAAAGAUCAUCAAGGACAUCAACCACCUGCCUGUUCACCCCGCUAUGCAUCAAAGCUGGGACCGAGAGAAUGAAAAACAGCUUCUAUCUCAAGGCCAUCAGACUGUUAAAUAGCCAUCACUAGCACAUUACCGGCUGCUGCUGCCUAUUGAAAUCACUGGCCACGUUAAGAAAUUGAACACUAGUCACUUUAAUAAUGUUUACAUAUCUUGCACUACUCAUCUCAUAUGUAUAUACUGCAUUCUAUUCUAUAAUAUUCUACUGUAUCUUAGUCCAUGCCGCUCUGUCAUUUCUUGUCCAUAUAUGUAUAUUUUCUUAAAUUCCAUUCCUUACUAGAUUUGUGUGUAUUGGGUAUAUGUUGUGAAAUUGUUAGAUAUUACUUGUUAGAUAUUACUGCACUGUCGGAGCUAGAAGCACAAGUAUUUCGCUACACCCGCAAUAACACCUGCUAAACACGUGUAUGUGACAAAUAAAAAUUGCUUUGAUUUGAUUUGGUCAAGUGCUGCAAAGAAGGACCUAGUUAAGCUGCAGCUGGCCCAGAACAGAGCAGCACUUUUUGCUCUUCAUUGUAAUCACAGGGCUAAUAUCAGUACUAUACAUGCCAGUCUCUCUUGGCUAACAGUUGAGGAAAGACUGACUGCAUCACUUGUUUUUAUAAGAAACAUUAAUGUGUUGGAAAUUCCAAAUUGUUUGCAUAGUCAAUUUACACACAGCACUGGCACACACACUUACCCCACCAGACAUGCCAACAGUCUCCAACAGUCUUUUCACAGUCUCCAGGUCCAGAACAAAUUCAAGGAAACGUACAAUAUUAUACAGAGCCAUGAUUGCAUGGAACUCAUAUAGCGCAAGUGAACAGCAAACGUGUUUAAAAAAAAACGAAAAAGCAACACCUCACGGCACAACGCCUCUCGCUCAUGUGACCUACUUUUUGUGUGUACAGAUGUAGGAUCUUAAUUUGAGCCAGUUUGCUACAGCAGGAAAAUAAUCCUGCAGCAACAGGAAAUGUAAAUUAGUGUUUUAUAAAUAAUUUUAAAAAUGUGUAGGGGUUGAUAAAUGUUUCAUUAGGGCAAAUCAAGUCUGACAUUUUAAAGUGGAAAUUACACACUUUAGAAGCCUUUUAAACCUCAAAUACACUACAAGUUUGCAUUUCCAGCUGUACAGGAAAAUACCUGCAACAACAGGAUGAUCAAAUUAAGAUAUGGCAUCUGUAUGUACUGACAUGUAUGUGUAACCGAUAGAUUCAUACAUACACACACGCGCACUACAUGUUAAUGUUUUAAAUGUAUGUCAAUUCUAAAGUAUUUUGUCUGUAAUGUAUAUUUUGUUAUGUGUCGAACCCCUGUAAGACUAGCUGUCUCCAUUGGUGUCGGCUAAUGGGAAUCCUAAUAAAAUCUAAAUAUACACUUCAUCGUUCACCAUAUAGGUGAACAGAUUAGUAGCCUUGCAUGCCAGGCUUCUAGGUUGAGCAAGAAUACAACUGACUGACUACGCAAGACUGACUAUGAGACUGACUCAGCGAGAUUAAAGAGACCAGCACAAACCUCAUUAGACUGAUUUUUGAAGAGAGCAGGGUCGUUAGACACCAAAUGGUGGAAAACGGACCAAAACCAGGAGAGGCUACCUGAAUUUCUCCAAUAAGUAACUCUCGUUUUUGUUUGCGAAACAUGUUCCAUUGCAAAAAUAUUUUGCUACGGUUUUCUACGGUGUGUAGUAAUGAAUACGACCCAGACUGUGAACUGAUUGUUCUGUUUGACGUACCCACCAGGUAAAUCCUAAAGACCUGGACUCCAAGUACGCCUACAUCCAGGUAACCUACGUAGUGCCCUACUUCGACGACAACGAGCAGCAGGAGAAGAAGACGGACUUCGAGCGACAUCACAACAUCAGUCGCUUCGUGUUCGAGACGCCUUUCACUCUGUCGGGGAAGAAACAUGGCGACGUGGAGGAGCAGUGCAAGAGACGCACCAUACUAACCAGUGAGUUAUUAAAAAGGUCAUUUUUGCUCAUAUUUUAAUCCAAAGAGCUGUCAACAUUGACUGUCACAUAUAUUCAGUAUGUGGAAUGUGCAGGAUUCGAACCUACAACCCAGGUGAUGCUGUAACCCACCGAGCCAUUGGCUUGUAUGGUAGUACACUAUACUAAUAGGAAGUGUCUGACUAACCAGUAAAUACUGAGCUGUAAAUGUUUGAAUCACUAGUAUACUGACCAGUGCUGUAACCAGUGACUGAUUCUGACCAGUAAAGUUAUGGUGUAGGUUCAAUGGUUUUCCCUUCAAAAUGAAAGAAAGAUCGGACAGAAAUUACUAAAAAAAAAGAAAAACAGUUCUGGUUUAAUACAAUAAAAUAUAUCCCAUCUAGCAGACAAUUUUAUCCAAAGCAAGUUAUUACAGUAGUGCGUGCAUACAUUUUUUCAUAUGGGUAGCCCCAGCGGGCGUCAAACCCACAGUCCUGACUCAUGCUCUACCAACUGAGCCACCCAGGACCACAAGGUUUAACCAAUUGGUUCCUCAUACCUUGUGUCUACUCCCCCUUUUCUUUAUCCCCACCCAGCGAACUCCACCUUCCCCUACCUGAAAAAGCGUAUCCAGGUGGUGGAGCAGCAGAGCACGGAGAUGAACCCCAUCGAGGUGGCCAUCGACGAGAUGUCCUGCAAGGUGUCCGAGCUCAACCAGCUGUGUGCCAUGGCAGAGGUGGACAUGAUCCGGCUGCAGCUCAAACUGCAGGGUAGUGUCAGCGUCAAGGUAAGGGGUAGGGGUGGAGGAGGAGAAAGAUGGAGAGAGACACACAGAAGAGAGUUGAGUUGAGAGGACAUAGCAGAGCUGAUCCACACGUACAGUCACACACCCUGGCGUAGGACGCACCCCUUUAUAAAACACCUUUAUAAUAAAGCAUUGCAUGCAUAUCAUCGCAUUUGCGUGGUUGCAUAGAGCAGUAGAGUAGAGGUGCUUGCAGAAGUUGCACACAUGGGGAAAUCUUUUUGUAGCCUAUGGUCUGGGGAAAAAUGUUGCCUUUUAUAAACACAUUUCAUGGAUGUCUACGUCAUUUUACAUGACUGGAGACUUUAGCCUAAUAUUUUUUUAUACCGUACAUAUGAUUGAAAUGGCAGGCUACUUGGACACUGACAAACUGAGAAUCUAACAUCAAUAAAAACGAUCUUGUUUUGAAUCAAUCAACAACCUAGGCUUAGGUGUGUGGAGACACAUAUAUUGUACAAUAUGAGGAAGAAAUUAUAGUCCAGUUUCACUGACUCACCCAUUAAUGUGCAGCUCACGCACCGAAGAUGGCCGACGCGCUUGUGCCAAAAGCCUGUCUCUCUCUUGUUUUGGGGCUACUUUGUAAAAAAAUGCUGUUCGCUCAAUAGGCCUGUUUGGAAGUUGAUAGAAUAUUUUGGUAGCCUCAGACAGAUUAGAUUAUUUUAUUUUCAGCAGGAGCUAUUUGUUUUCCAACCUGUGUUUUCCCACGAUUGUAUUUGAAAUAUUGCGAAAGGCCUGUUCACUGACAGAUUUGCCGCACAUUCCGGACUGUAGGCUAUGCAUUGUAAUUGGGCUACUCACAAUCCACAGCUAGGCAAUACAAAUAAAAGCAAUUGAUCCUCUGUGGCUAAAUUAUAGGCCUACUCCUGGUGUAGUAUUCUGAAUUAUUUCAUUUCUUUCUGAACAGACAGCAGUAAUUAUAUAACUUUUGCAAAUGUAUUUAAAUUGAUCAGGUGUGCUGCAGUACCCUUUCCGAGGCUAUGAUUCUAUAAGGAAAAAAUGAUGAAUUGCAACGCUAGAGAGAUAAUAGUUGCAGGCUCAUGUCUAUCAGAGCAGAGGGAGAGAGAUCAUAGAAAGUUAAUCUUAUUCUAGUUCUGUGAGAGAUAGGCUACAGGCAUGCUUCUCUCACCACAGCAAGAGCCACGCGUUGGUCUCUAGUCUACAAUGUUGUGCAAACCAUAAACCCGGGCCGCCCAACCCAAAUCAAUUCUUAGAGUAUCAGGCACGGGCUGAAAAUCUACGUUUUCACAACACGUUAGGGGGCAUUAGAAUUACAGAGGCAACUCGAAUGAACUCUGAUCGCUUUUAUUCUGGAAAAUAGGUUCCGAAACUAAACAGUAAAAAUAUGAGAGAUGCUGGAUCCAGUUCCAGCAGGAUCCGGCUCAAAUUAAGCACUUCGAUUUGUGAAACUGCGCUAUGCCACUGGUCACACACUGACAUGAACGGACACACACUGGCAUUUAUCCACACGUGGGAUAUUAUUACCAUGCAGUCUAUGCCAAGACCCUUUCUCUCCAGAAUCCCGCCUCUUCUCAGGCUUUUCCCAGCCCUAAUCCUCUGUAAACAGUGAAAUGUGUGAACACAGCUUGGCUCACAGAGUGACAGCAUGAAGCAGGCUAAUCUUAAUACGCUGUUGCAGUAACAGGGAGAUAUGGGAUUAUGGGUCAUGGUGAAGCAGCACAAGCUACUUACUGUCUGUCAUCGAAUGUUUCCUCUAUGUAGCCCUCUAUCGGUAGCAUUAGCCUCCAGCAUCACUAGCGUUAGUCUCUACAAGAUUUAGCAUUAUACUCCUGCAUCUUUAGCAUUAGCCUCUAAUAAUAUUAAUAAUUUAUUCAACUUUUAUAGCACUAUUCAUUCCAUAAAGAAUCUCAAAGCGCUUUAAAGCAACACAAAAAAGAUGAGCGAUUUAGAAAACAACAGCAUCAUUCAUGAGAUGGAAGGUUAUGAGAGGGUCGGAAAAUUCAUGGCUUGAGUGGUCAUCGGAGGGAGGUGGUUAAAGGGGUCUCUGGAGCAAGUCCGGGAGCAGGCAGGCAGCCCGGUGUCAUCAAGGUGUCUCGCCAUCCUUGCUGUCUGUGUGGCUUCUCCAUAGUAGGACUCGGAUGACGUUUGA